AUGACAAACAUUACAUCGAUUUCUAAAAAUGUAGAAGAAGGCAAAUAUGGCAAAAUAAUGUUCUCGGACGUGAUGGUUACGAGGAAGAGAAACCGUCGUGAAUGGAGGAAUAUUGACAUCCAAAUGCUUGUUGGGAUGGUAGUUAUUCAUCUACUUACACUCUUUGCACCAUUUACCUUUACUUGGGGUGCAUUUUGGACUGCUGUUUUCAUAUAUCAACUUUACGGCAAUUUUGGUAUAACAGUCUCAUAUCAUCGUAACCUUGCACACCGAAGUUUCAAGCUGCCUAAGUGGCUCGAGUACCUCUUUGCUUAUCUCGGUGUCCUCGCUUUACAGAGGGAUCCAAUAUUUUGGGUGAGCAUUCAUAGAUUUCACCAUCAAUAUGUUGAUACUGAGAAAGACACACACUCUCCUACCUUCGGAUUUUGGUUUAGUCAUAUUGGUUGGGUCUUAGAUAGCGGAUACAUCAUUGAAAAGUAUCAAGAACGGAAUAACGUAGAGGAUUUAAAGAGCCAGGCAUUUUAUAGGUUCCUUAAAAAAACCUACGCAUUGCAUGCAUUUGGACAUGCAGCUCUCAUUUACACUAUUGGAGGAUUUACCUACUUAGUUUGGAUUGUGGGAGUUGCAACAACAUUUGGAUUACAUGGGUCAUUCCUCGUAAACUCGGUUUGUCAUAUAUGGGGCAAGCAAGCUUGGAACACCGGUGAUCUCUCAAAAAAUAACUGGUUGAUUGCAUUUUUUACUUUUGGAGAAGGAUGGCAUAAUAAUCACCAUGCAUUUGAGUUUUCGGCCCGACAUGGGAUGAAUUGGUGGCAAUAUGACUCUGGUUGGUAUACCAUAAGGUUUCUUGAAAUAAUUGGGCUAGCCACAAAUGUUAAGUUGCCAACUGAGGCUCACAAACUUAAGAAAUCGUUUGCGGAUAGUAGCAAGCUUAAGUGA